AUGGCUCCGGGUAUCAGUGAAACCGACCUACAACGCCCUAACGCGCCCCCUAUUACCCGCGCCCACUCGCGACGCCAACAAUUCACAAACGAUGAGGUCGAUCCAUUACUUUCCGACCUGUCUCCAUCCUCCACCCUAGACGCCCUGAUAUCCACGAGUGCGGUUUCCAAAGCCAGAGAUAGAAGCCGAUCUUUUGUUGAAGCUAGCGUAGCCAAUGUGACAGAGUCUGAAAGGGCCUGGGGCAUUCGCGCCGCUCUUGCUGGCAAGAAGAUUCGUGAAUGGCGAGAUGAGCUUCUCGAAUGGCCGUGGAAGAAGGGGAACGAUCCUCAGCUCAAUGGGUUCGAGAGACCACGGGACGAGAAAAUCAUACAAGGUUAUACAUCCCGCGUAGAAAUCAUCCGCGAUGACAUGAAGACAAUGCAAGUCGAAGAGUUGAAGGAGCAUGUCCGUCAAGUUCAUGUUCGACCCGAAGCCACUACGAGAGACUACGAAAAGCUUGAAGAUUUCACAGCCAUCAUCACGGCAACCAUCGUGCAGAGCUUACCCCCACUUGCCCAGCUACACAGUCUCCUCAACACUUGGUCUCUUCGCUUGAUAGUACUGAGACGCUCUCCCCCAUUCCUGAAUGAGUUGCAUGGUUGUCAAGAAUCCAUCGUCUCAGCUUGCUUAGCAAUUGGACAAAAUAACGCAGACUUGCCAAUUGCAAAGCCAGACUUCAACCGAAGGGCUUUCAUGGAAAUUCAAGCCAUCCUGCAAGAUCAGACGACACACUUGGGGACUAAUAUUGACGGUAUGCUGGACGUUCUGGAGGGAAGUCAGGAUACUCUUCCCGAUGACUGGAUUGAUGCCGUGGACAAAGUCGAGAAUGAUUACAGCUCAUGGGUUGUGAAAGCUGAGGAAUUGGUGCUCAACAAUGAGUUGGCGGCCUCGUUCCAGCAUCCGAUUCCUACUGAACAGAAGAGUAAUCCAAUUGAUGACAACCCUGUCUUGGAGGCACCGGAGAGGAACCUAAGAGAAUCAAAGGCUAGCGUGACAACCCUAGAAACGAGCACGCCCGAACCAAUAGCGGACGCACCCGAGCAGAACGAGCAUACUCCGGAACGGAGCAUUGGUGGGAUAGAGCAGGAAGCCAACACCGCGGAGCAAAAACCCCGCACACCGGUGCGAGAGACAGAGUCCUCACAGGAAUCGGACUUAGAGACAAGCACACGGGCCAAGUCGGAGCUCACGACAAGCCGCCUCUUCGAUGGCGCCGACAGUGUGCCUCCUACACCUGGGCUUUCCAACAAUGAUGGGCUGAAGGAAACACCAAUCGGCGGCCAGACCAGAAAUGAUGAUACCACUCAGGAUGUAGGAGACCCGGUGCCAUCGAAAGAUAUUCCACCGUCUCUGCAGGACGGUCAGGGUGCAGCGUCUCAAUUUGACGAGGGAGAGGAACUCCUAGGCGUCGUGUCUGCGCCAGAAUUGAGUCGUGGGAUUGACUCCUUUCCAAAUGGACGGUUCGACCCAAUAGGGAUGGUGCCAACCCCACGAGAUCCAGCCUUCCAAGAUCCGGGUCAUGAGGAAUCUCCGUCUUCCCAAGGAUCGUUGAUUUCUGGCGCUUCCUCUGGUACAUCAAGCCCUGAAAUUAUGAACGCGUCCAUCGCUGCCAAUCCAGGUUCCCCAAUAAGAGUGACGACUCCAUUAUCGCCUCGUAGGAUGAAAUUCGAAGACAAUGAUGACUCAUAUUUUUCAAGCGGCGUGGCCUCAUCUACCCCAUUGGCACACACAAAGUCUGUCCGGGACAGGAGAAUUAGUAGAGAUUCUACAAAGCUCUAUGCCGGCUUACCAAGGGACGAAAAUGGCAACUCGAUUUCAUCAGCAAGACCACGGAGCCGCUUUGAGACAUAUGAAGACUUCUCAACUGCUUCAAUGCCUUUGAAGCUUCAAAAAACACGACUGGCAAAGCCUGAAGUCAACAGACCGCCCACUCCGACGGAAUUAAGCCCACCAAGACCCAAGGACAAGCUCGAAGCUCGCAUUAGUACAAUUUUACACAGCAUACCAGCUGACAUCCGGUUGAAGUCCAGUGGGGCAAAAACGCCCCCACCAUCUACGGCUCUACAUACUCCAAAUCAGAAAGGGCUUUUGAAGCGCUCCGUCACACCUAAGUCCCGUCCAAAGACGCCUACAUCUGCCCCUGCGCUCACGCUCGCUCCUGCGAGCUCAGGUCAUGACAAAGGAUGUGACGACUCUGGAAUUAAAGUAUACCAUCUUCAACAACCAGGUGUAAAGGAAUCCACGCCGGUCAAGCUCUAUGUACGCCUCGUGGGUGAGUCUGGCGAGCGAGUCAUGGUCCGAGUCGGCGGCGGCUGGGCCGACCUCGGCGAAUACCUGAAAGAGUACGCCCUUCACCACGGAAGCACACAGCGCUCCAUUUCAGACUACAAUGGACAGAUGAGUCAGCAGAAUGCGAUGACCCCAUCACCAGCACCAGGAACGCCAAAGAGCCGCCCUUCGUCACGGUCUUCAUGGGCUGACGCUGGUGACGCGCCUUCGCCUUGUCCACCGCACGGUCUAGGGCUUGCGGGUCCCAAGGGCAAAGACGUUGCGAUCGAACCGAGUCAUCAGGCUUGGGUCGAUGAUAUGCUGGAGCAAGCCACCGUUUGGGGACGAACUGAGAAGUCGAACGAGGAGAUUGCCAUUGCGGAAAAGAAAGGGUUGGGUUGGUUGGGUAGGGCGGGGUCUACGAGCAAGGUUUUUCUUAGGAAGGCGGGCAGGACGGCUUCGGGUCCCAGUUGA